AUGCGUUUCAGCACCUUCUAUACAGUGGUUCUGGUCUUUGCACGACACGUGUGCGGCUUGCCAACCGAGAAGGACAAGGUAUCCGGGUUGGACAUCGCCUUGAGUCAAGCAGAGAACACACAUGUGAAGGCUGUGGUUAAGAACAUAGGCCAAGAAGAUAAGGUUUCAGUAUAUCAAAAUAACACGGAACUCGCAUUCAGUGGUAUCAGUCGGCAUUUUAGGCUCCAGGGCAUCACCCCAGAUGCAUUCACCACCUUGAAGGCCGGCGAGGCAAUCGAGGACGAGUUCGAUAUUGCCAAAACAACAGACCUAUCGUCUGGGGGUUCUGUACUGCUCAACUCCAGUGGACUGGUUCCUCUUGUGUCCAACGGAGCAGUGUCUGGGUAUUUGCCAUACCAUUCCAAUGAUCUCAACAUCAAGAUCGACGGUGUGAAAGCAUCUCAAAUGGACAAGGCUAUUAAACGUCUGCAGCGCCGCACCAAGGUGACCUGUGAUGACCAACAAAUGAAAGACGAGCUUACGGAGGCACUUCGCCAGACCUCCUCUCUGGCCAGCGUUGCAGCAAACGCCGCUCGUUUUGGUUCCGCUGACAAGUUCCGAGAGUAUUUCAAGACCACAGAGGUGUCUGUUCGGCAAAAAGUGGCAGCUCGACUGGAAGCAGUAGCAAGGGAAGCAGAUUCAGUAACUUCCGGGUCCACGACUUACUACUGUACCGACGAGUACGGGUAUUGCGAGACUAGUGUGCUAGCUUAUACAAUCCCAAUCCAAAAUGUGAUCGUCAACUGCGAACUUUAUUAUUCCUACCUGCCCGAACUCGCGAGCAAUUGUCACGAGCAGGAUCGUGCAACAACCUCGCUUCAUGAGUUCACACAUGCCCCCGGCGUUUAUAGCCCGGGGACACAGGAUCUAGGGUAUGGGUAUGAAGCAUCCACUGCUCUGAGUAGUCAGGAGGCUGUGAUGAACGCAGAUACCUACGCCCUGUAUGCAAAUGCAAUCCAUGUAGGUUGUUAA